AUGAACGGUGCCCAGGCCGUUGCUUCGUUGCCUUGGGUGGAGAAAUACCGCCCAACCAAGAUCGACGACAUCGUCGGGAACAAGGAUGCAGUUGAUCGUCUUACCGCUAUAGCUUCUACCGGCAAUAUGCCCAACCUCAUCUUCACCGGUCCACCCGGCAUCGGAAAGACAACGUCCGUCCUCUGCCUCGCGCACACGCUUCUGGGCCCUUCAUACAAGGACGCGGUCCUCGAGCUGAACGCAUCCGACGACCGUGGUAUCGACGCGGUGCGCAAUAAGAUAAAAAUGUUCGCUCAGAAGAAGGUUACCCUCCCUCCCGGCCGACAUAAGAUUAUCCUGCUCGACGAGGCUGACUCCAUGACAAGUGCUGCGCAGCAGGCGUUGCGAAGGACCAUGGAGCUCUAUUCGUCUACCACUCGCUUCGCACUUGCGUGCAAUGCCUCCGAAAAGAUUAUCGAACCUAUCCAAUCGCGCUGUGCGAUCGUUCGAUUUACUCGUCUCAGUGAUCAAGAGGUGCUUGAGCGGAUUGUCAAGGUGGUCGAAAGGGAAGAGGUUCCGUAUGUCCCUGACGGCCUGGAGGCUGUCGUCUUCACUGCAGACGGUGACAUGCGCCAAGCACUAAAUAACGUUCAGGCCACGCACUCGGGGUUUGGCUUUGUGAACCAAGAAAAUGUUUUCAAGGUGUGCGAUCAGCCGCAUCCCCAGAUCGUUGUCGACUGUGUCGCGUGUUGCCUCAGGGGUGAUGUCGACCACGCUCACGACAAGAUGAAGUCCUUGCAUGACGCCGGAUUCAGCGCCGCAGACGUCAUUGGCACCGUGUACAGGGUUGUAAAGAACUUUGACGCGGAGAGUAUGCCUGAAUUUGUCAAGCUCGAAAUGAUCCGCGAGGUGGGCUUCACGCACAUGAGGAUAGGAGACGGCGUAAACUCUCUGCUUCAGCUGGGGGGCAUGUGUGCAAAGAUGUGCCAAGUGGUGGAGCGCGCCAAGACUGGAGUGAUGCGCUGAGGAAGCUUGCCUUAAUAAGAAGCGCGGCGAUAAUAUAUGCGAUUUAUCGUGCGAUCGUUGAUGACCUUAUUGUGGCCAACCCAAGCCUCCGUUUAGAGAACAGGGAGGAAAACAUUUUCGCGUUCCGUAGGUAUGAUUGAGAACAACUACGAGACUCAAGC